AUGGCACAGCUGCCUCAAGGAGAUGGCGUUUCGUUACCGUCAGCAGCUAUGCCACCGGCAAUGGCGGACAUCAAAUCACUAAGUGUGGAUGAUGUCAUCAAGGAGAUGAACCGCAUGCCUCUCUUCAUGACAACCCUUGACGAGACCGAUGGCGAAGGCGGCGACAAUGAAGCCUUAGAAGCCCUGAAAGCCCUUGCAUACGAAGGCACCAAAGCGGAAAUUGCUGAAAACUUCCGGCAACAAGGGAAUGACUGCGCCCGGACCAAGCAGUGGACCGAUGCAAAGGAGUUCUACGACAAGGCAAUAGCAGCCUUGAAGGCGCCUAAGAAAGAACCGCAGCCAGAGGAUGGUCCGCCUGUAAUUGAUGUAACCGAUGUAGAGGUCAAUGAAGAGGAGGAGGCGGAGAAGGAAAAGGUCAUCGAGGAGGCAUGCUACAUCAACCGAGCGCUCUGUAACCUAGAGAAGAAGAACUACCGCUCUUGUAUCCAAGACUGUGCAGCAACCCUUCGUCUCAACCCCUCCAACAUCAAGGCGUACUAUCGGUCUGCCAGCGCAUGUCUCUCGCUCGAUAAAAUACCGGAAGCGGUUGACGCAUGCGCCCUAGGCCUCGCCAUUGACCCUUCCAAUGCCCCGCUCAAAGCCCUCCAAACUAAAAUAUCCACACGUAAAGCCCACCUCGACUCCGUCGAAAAGGCACGUAGAGAACGCGAAGCGAAGGCUGCCUCCGAACGUGCAACUCUCGCCCUCGCCCUCAAGAGCCGCGGCAUCAAGACCAGGAGUACAGAUCAAGCGCCGGAUCUAGAAGAUGCUGCGGUGAAGCUCGAGGAUAAGCUAAAUCCCAGCUCAAAAAUUUCGUUUCCAGUCAUGUUAUUGUAUCCCACGCACGCUCAGUCAGACUUCAUCAAAGCGUUUGGUGAAUCGGAGACCCUCAGUCAACACCUUGAGUAUAUCUUCCCGCUGCCGUGGGACGAGAAACAUGAGUUUACGUUGAACGAUGUGGACGCAUAUAUGGAGACGAUCGCGGGUGGACUUAUCAAGAUGGGAAAGAACAUGACAUUAGGGAAGGUGCUGGGCAGCGGCAAAUGCGAGGUCAAGGACGGGCUAGUUAAAAUAAGUGUGAUUCCAAAGACAAAGUCGACGGAAUGGAUAGACGAGUUCAAGAAGAGGAGGGGGGCAAACUAA